AUGGCUAAUUUUUUCUACGUAGACGACGAACUUCCUUACGACCUACUUCCGCUCAACACUUUCUACACCUCCAACAAUAUUUCGGAUGACUCUUCAACGAGCUCGGAGUUCUGUACCCCGGAAGGGCUUAACUUGCCUCUAUCUUUACCGAAUAUAAACGCAUUGGACUCGUACGCGUACUCUUCUUUUGGCUCCUCGUGUGGCAUAGCACCCCAGGCGCUUCAUGAACCGCUUGACAAGGACGAGUUACAUCCUCUCCUUCUAGCCCCUCAAGAGGAGGAGCCAGUUCGUGAAGAAAACGAAGACGAAGACACAAGUAGUGUCUAUGCAGACAGUAACGACAAUGAAGCGACUUAUGACGACGACUACGUUGAAUUUGUCAAGCCACGCCCGUCAAAGGCUCCCGCCUCCGUGGCACCAUCGUCCGCUUUAAAGCGUCGGCGUUCAUCUGCUUUUCCCCCCCUAGAUUUUGUUGAGGAGGAACGUCCAGCGAAGCGCCUGGCUCGUACGGCGCCUUCUUCCCCCACUCAAACUAAGCAACAGGCAUCUACGCAUGCAAAAUCUCUCAGUCCCACCCCUCACAAGCCCCGGAACUACACAAGGCGUGGUCAACCAUCACCGCGCAACAUUCAACUCAAAGAGCGCACUCCAUUAUCAAAAUCUUCUAUUGUCGCCCUCAAUUUUGUUUGCCCUCAGCGCGUCAAUGGUUGCCGCUACCAUAGCAAGAGCAAGCGCCUCAGUGACUUCACGAGGCAUUUGGCUACCCACCAAUACAUGGUGCUCAACAAGGCCAAAAACCCUAUUUGCAUCGGGGUGCGUUUGUCGGACGCACAUAUGUUUGGCCUCAAGGGACCGAGGUUACAAGAUGUAUAUACCAUCGAAGAAGACCAUGGGGCAGAGCUUUGGGUUGGAGGGUGCCGGAAAUCCUUCAGCCGUAGUGACGCAUUACGUCGUCACUUUAAGCGUGACUGUAAGGAUAAGGACGAUCCGAUCUGCGUCUGUUAUGGCGCAUCGACUCGGAAGGCGUAG